UCUGUUGUAGCGCAAUACUCAAGUCCGGUGCCAAGCAUGGCGUUUCUUUUAGAAGACGACGAUGGCCAGACGUUCGAGGCGGCACUGUCCUUCAUCGACGACUUCGAGCGGCAGGAUGAUACUCCUCUCGAUGCGCCAUCGAAGUCUUACAACGUCCAGCCCACUCGGCCCCAAAAACGAGUACUUUCGAGUGAGGAGAAGAUGAGACGACGAGCCGAGAUAAACGAAAGAAAGCGGUUGCUUCGAAAAGCUGGAGUAUAUGGAGAUCCGAAUCGCGCCCGCAGCGCUCGAACGAUGGAGAUUACGUUCCUCCGAGAGCAGUUUCAGAAGCUCCAACUCGACCUGCAGACGCUGCGGCAUCAGAGACGCCAGGCAGCAGGAAAUCAAAGGCGCGAAACACACCAAUCGAUAGUGCCGCUGAUUCCAAGUAUGUGGCAGAAACUAGCGAACCGACAACGACAGCGGCUAGAAGAAGCCGAGGAAAAUAAUGUCCGUCUGAAGGUGGCACUGGAACACCACCAGACAUUGGCCAACGCCCUGUGUAGCUUGCUGAAGUCACGAGCGAACCAAUUGGCGAAUGACUAUUCAUCCUUCGCAGACAUGCGCUUUGUUAAACACCACGUCGUCCAAGCUCUGGAGUUUAGCAAAGAUAAUAGCGAAUUCCACCCACUGCUUCACCAGCUCGAUACUGCCUAUCAGGUCAUGGACAGCAUAUUCGCGUCGAAUGGGUUGUCACACAUGGACGCAACUUCAGGCGAAGUUCACAUCCGCGAAUGGAUCAAAGGCAAUCAUCGAUAUUUGGAGUUCUUCAGCAACAAUAUUUUGCCAUUUGAGUCGAACGCAGCGAAAGAAGCUACUUGGGCUUAUUUCAAGGGAAUCGAGAAGCACCUCGGUUACGGAAAUCUGUACGACAAAGCAGCCAAGGGUCUUGAUGAUUCCUUUACUGUCGUGGAAGACUUGACCAAGGAGCUGUAUUCUGGAAGUGCUAGAGCAGAUAUUCGAAUCAAACAAGUCAUUCGGCGCUAUGUGGAAGACGAGCGAGAUGCUGUGAUACGGGUUUAUCGCGCGGUGCCUGUUGAAAUCAAGCACAAGCGGCUCAGUAGACUGACAUAUCACUUACAAGGUUACGCUGUUACCAAGCGAGCACUCUUUUCGACCCCGGAACGCGAGCUCUCAAUUUUACAGCUGUGUACACUCGUCUCUUUUGAUCAAGAUGAAGUCGAGGCGGUGAGCGACCCCUUUAGUGUUCGCGCAUUCACGGAUUUUCUAGUCACACAUACUGCGCAGAACACUCGGUCUCACUGCGAAAUCAUCGAAAAUGCGUUAGCUGAUCGGGCUCUAGCGAACUAUUUGCAAUAAGCGAACCUGCAAAUUUACCCACUAAAUCAACUUUUGAUAUUCAGCACUAUCUCAAG